GAAGACUGCUACGGCAUUUUCCGCGUUAAAGGACGGAGAAACAGAGGAAAAAGAAAGGAAGCUGCUGAUCGUCUUUGGAAUGUUCGAAAAUGCAGUAGUGUCUUCCGUUUUCCACGACUCUUCUCUUCCAUGAUUUUCUUUGGGUUGACGAUGACUGUAAUUCCAGAGAGAAAAACGGAUUUGAAAGGAAAUAAAUAGCAGCAGCAGCGGAUAUAUUGUAAUUGGAUGGGUUCGAGCGGAAUCGGCAACGGAAGCGGCAGCGGCGGUUGCUGCGACAUGAGCCUCAAGUGCUGGUGCAGGUGGAGAUGGGAUCACUGCUUUCUCUCCACCACUUUCCUUUUUCUUCUUUCCUCCUUCGUAGUCUUCGCUUCCAUCGCCACGUUCUUCGCCUGGCUCACUUUCCCACCUUACGAUCGUCCGUCCAUUUCUUCCUUCGGCUGCCAGCCUGACAGCGAGGGGUCGUGGUCUAUCGGGAUCUUCUACGGCGAUUCCCCUUUCUCUUUGAAGCCUAUCGAAUCUAGAAACGUGUGGAAGAAUGAUAGCAGUGCGUGGCCUGUUGCGAAUCCGGUUUUUACUUGUGCAUCUGCUUCAGAUGCUGGCUUCCCGAGCAAUUUCGUUGCUGAUCCUUUCCUUUUUGAUCAGAAGGACGAUGCUCUCUAUUUGUUUUUCGAGACCAAGAAUUCAGUCACUUUGCAAGGAGACAUUGGUGUGGCAAGAAGUACCGAUAAAGGUGCAACAUGGAAGCACUUGGGCAUUGCUUUAGAUGAGGAAUGGCACCUUUCUUAUCCAUACGUUUUCAGAUAUCAUGAUGAUAUAUACAUGAUGCCUGAGAGCAGUCAGAAAGGGGAGCUCCGUCUCUAUCGGGCACUGAAAUUUCCCCUUCAAUGGACAUUGGAAAAGGUUAUAUUGAAGAAGCCCCUCAUAGAUUCCUUUAUCGUGAAUUACAAGGGCAAUUUUUGGCUCUUUGGCUCGGACUUCAGCGGUUUUGGCACCAAGAAGAAUGGGGAACUUGAGAUUUGGUAUAGCAGCACACCUCUUGGCCCGUGGAAACCACACAAGCAGAACCCCAUUUUUAACAUCGAUAAGAGCUUGGGUGCUCGAAAUGGAGGCAGGCCGUUUAUGUACAAUCACAACCUCUACCGCAUUGGCCAAGAUUGUGGUGAAACAUAUGGCCGGGGAGUGCGGGCUUUCAAGGUAGAGGUUCUUACCAAGGACGAAUACAAGGAAGUUGAAGUCCCCUUAGGCUUUAAAGAACCUGAGAAAGCCCGCAAUGCUUGGAAUGGUGCUCGUUACCAUCAUCUAGAUGUGCAACAAAUAGGCUUGAAUGGUGAGUGGGUUGGAGUGAUGGACGGGGAUCGGGUUCCUUCAGGCGACUCUGUCCAUAGAAUUAUUUUAGGCUCUGCUGCAAUUGCAGCUGCAGCUGCACUGGUUAUUUUAGUGGGUGUAUUGGUGGGAGCUGUGAAGUGCUUUCUACCUCCCAACUGGUGCCUUCAUGGUUACAGAAAGAGAAGCGACGCCUUCACAUCAUGGGAGCGCCCUCAUUCGUUCUCCUCUAAGCUGAGGCGGUUCUUUACCCGUUUGAACAGGAUGAGUUCAUUAAUUAGAGGACGGAUGAAGCCCAACACAUGUGCAGGCGGAUCGGUUUUGGCAUCAAUGUUUGUUAUUGUGGUGGUGCUAAUAUGUAUGGGUGUUAAGUAUAUUUAUGGUGGCAAUGGCGCAGAAGAAGCCUACCCAUUGAAGGGACACUAUUCUCAGUUUACAUUGCUAACCAUGACAUAUGACGCUCGGUUGUGGAAUCUUAAGAUGUAUGUGAAACAUUACUCGAGGUGCUCUUCAGUUGGGGAGAUUGUCGUAGUGUGGAACAAAGGCCAGCCUCCUCAACUGAGUGAGUUGGAUUCAGCAGUGCCAGUUAGAAUUAGAGUAGAAGAGCAUAACUCGCUGAAUAACCGGUUCAAGAUGGAUCCUUCAAUAAAGAACCGAGCCGUCCUCGAACUUGAUGAUGACAUAAUGAUGACUUGCGAUGAUGUGGAGCGUGGGUUUAGGGUCUGGCGGGAGCACCCGGAUAGGAUCGUCGGGUUCUACCCACGGCUCAUUGAUGGGAGCCCGUUGAAGUACAGGGAUGAGAAGUAUGCUCGGACGCGUAGAGGGUAUAACAUGAUAUUGACAGGAGCUGCAUUCGUUGACAGCCAGGUGGCAUUCAAGAGGUACUGGAGCAAGGAAGCCGAAGAGGGAAGAGAGGUGGUGGACAAGUACUUCAACUGUGAAGAUGUGCUCUUGAAUUUCUUGUAUGCUAAUGCCAGCUCGUCGAGGACUGUGGAGUAUGUAAGGCCUGCAUGGGCAAUUGAUACAUCAAAGUUCUCAGGGGCGGCCAUCAGCCGGAACACGAAAGUGCAUUAUCGGGUCAGAACAGAUUGCCUUGUCAAGUUCUCCGAGAUGUAUGGGAAUCUAGCCGCACGGAAAUGGGAAUUCGAUGACCGGAAAGAUGGUUGGGAUGUAUAGGAGAGGAUUUUGACGACGAUGACAACAACUCCAACAGAGACAACAACAGGUCACAUACUGCCUUAAAAAUAGUUCUUUCUUGUGUCCAAACCAUCUCUUUCCGACAUGUGAUUUUGUUUUUUUGGAAACUGUAUCUUUGAUCCGUCUUGUUAAACUGUAUCUUUGAUCCCUGUCUUGUUAAUGUUCUGAGGGGCCAUUGUAGCUUUGAAUGAUGAAUCAUAUAUGUACAUUGAGAUCCCCCCUCUCUUUAUUUU